AUGUACAAUUCGUAUAUUUCAAUGUUAUGCUUUAAGGAAAAAGGAACAACACAGGACAUGUGGACUCCCUACAAAGAACUGCAGAGUCUUGUAGAACGGUAUAUUACCUCUUCACCUACAACUCAUGAUCUCCAGUAUCAUGAAUUCACAGAAACUUUACGUAAUCAUAGGCAAAAUUUUCUUACUCUUCUAAAAAAUCUUCCUCCAAAUGUGAACAGUAGGGAAGAAAUAACAAAGGGAGUUACAGAUGGUAUUACACUUCCUGGUUUAGGAUAUCAAGUAUUAUCAAAAGAAUUAGUUGAUGAAACUCUUAUUAUAUCAGAUAUGUAUGAACUUAAUGAGUUCAUGGCAUUGGAUCUUCUCUGUACUGCUCAAUUGCAAAUGCCUCAUAACCCUAACUUACCAAGGGGAUUAACAGCUAUUUUACUAUAUUAUGAUGGAAAGAAGGCACUCACAUCAACUUUAAGAAUGCUUAUACAAGCUAGAAUGGGGCACAGCUGGAAAAUUGAUGCUCCCAUUGCUCUUCUAAGACACAUUACAGAAUACACAAAUAAAUUACAAGAAGAUGGUCUAUUAGAUAGGAUUUUAUCAUUGCUGGAAAAAAUGGAUCCAGUAAAAGAGCAAGAAUUACUAGAAAAAAAUCGGGCAUUAGGCGGACCAAAGCAUCGUUAUAUGGUCAUGAAACUCUACAACGAUUCUAGACAAGAUUUAGCUGAUAUUUUAUACUUAUGGUCCGCGCAAUCCGCGUUACCAAAUUCAAUUUUAUUCCGCCUGUUAUCUCUAUUACAAACGAAACAAAUCGACUCUGAAGCGAGUGAAGGAGGCCUGGAUAAAGUCACUCUUUCUAUCGUAAUGAGCGUGUUAAAUGCGAUUAAUCUUAGUUCGUUGCAUAGCCGUGAAAAUGGCGAAGAAUUAAUUAAUUCUAUGCCAUUGAUCGCGGAACGAGGAGCACACGAAGAAUUACAUCAGAAAUUAGUAUCUACUAAUGUCAACUGGGAGUGUGCUGAAUUACGCGGAAUUGUACAGUUUGCUUUUGCGGUUUCUCUAACAACAAUUAAAACCGGGAGUAAUGUACAGGCUUUAAAUAUUACUACUGAAGAUGAAAGACUACUAGAAGCAGCUUUAUCUAACAAAUGUUUUCAUUUUAUGGUUAAAGUAUUAUUCAAGAAUAAGAGCAUAUAUCAGGAAGAAUUUUAUCUUCGUUACUUCCACUCUCUCGUUUCCGAUUUCAUAUUACUAAUGCCUUUGAAAGUUAAAGAUCUACGAAGUCGAGCGGAUGAAUCCAUGCGUCUCAUUCAAGCGUACCAACAAGAGGGCAUUGAACCACCUUUGAAUCUGGACAACCACUUCGAGUAUUUGAUGUUAACUGUGGCGGAAUUGUAUAAAGAAGACCCUCUAAAAUUGGAUUUAGUCAUGGACUAUUGGUGUCAUCACUCUGACUCCACACACACGUCUGUUCCUGCGUAUAUUAAUCGUUUACCUUCUAGACAGGUUGCUCUAUUUAAAUUUGUACGUCUUGCUGGGGAAAUACUACCAGCAGGAUUGUUCGUACCGUAUCUUAAAAUGAUAGCAUCUCUCGCGUCAUCUCCGCAAGCUGCACGACAAGCAUUUAAUUUUCUUAAACCUAAUGGAUCUUCUGGAUCAACAACAAUUUCCUGGGACCACUUCUUCAAUUCUUUAAGCCGCUACUAUAUUAAUCUCAGGAAAGAAUUGCCCCCUAAUCAGGACACCGUUUACCGUCAAAGAAGUCAUCCGAAAGGUAUUACACCAGAAGAAGUCAAAGGCCUCGAGGCUGUACUCUUGGUGGUACAGGUGAUCGCAAAAAACGACGAAAUGUCAAGGAUAGCUAUAUGCGAUCAUCCUGGAUGGAAAGUACUACCAUCCUUGAUAGGUUUAGUAAGUUGUGGAAUUUCGAUUCCACUGAAAGGCGUUUUAAUAAGAACACUUGCUGCAUUAGCAAGAUCUCCUGAGAGUUCAUCUACUGUAUGGCAAAGUUUGGAGACCGCACAGAUACUUUCAACCAUACCAACUAUAAGCAGUUACCAACCAAGAGGCGUUCAAACUGAGUUGGAAGAAAUUGAGUCGAAGAAAGACGAAUAUCCAUUGACCCGAGCAAUGUUAGAGCUUUUAGACGUUCUUACUGACUUUCCUAUACCGAGAUUACUGGGAAUGGGUCAGCGUAAUCCUGGUUUUGACCCAUAUUUACACUUUAUCAUUAAUACUGUCUUUUUAAAAUUUCACACGCGAUCAUAUAAAAAUUCAGCAGAGAAGUGGGAAGUUGCCGAAGCUUGCUUAAAAAUAUUCUCUAAACUUAUAAAACAAUAUGAACCAGCUGCAGAGGAUUUCACUGGCUGCAAAGUGGAACUUCAGAGUGGAGAAACCACGGUGGUUAACUCUGCUCCUGGAUACCACAUAAUGACUCAGUUACAUUCAAAAUCUGAAUUACUUCAUGUUAUACUAUAUGUUCUGGAUAAAGGUUGCAGCAGUUUCGACAGCUACGAACCCUUUCCUGGUAAAAAUAAUCUUGAGAGUAGUACUUUAUACUGCUUGGAAAUAUUGGAAAGAGGCUUGAAGACGCAACACGAUUAUUACACGGCACAAUUAGCUGCUGCUAAAUUUGUUCAGAAAAUUCUAACUGGAUUAUCAAGGUUACUUCUCGAAGUGGAUCCACAAUCUAAGAAGCCUGACUACAUGAUAAAUAUAGCUAAAUACGUUUCGUAUAGUUCCUGGCUACCACAACACGCGUUCCAUGCCGUUGGUGUUAUUCACGAGGUGACUAACGUACCAGGAGCAGAUUCUGAAUUGCUUUCUACGUUCACAGCCACUCCUACUUUGGCCACGAACAUCAGACACGGUUUCGUGGAAUGUUUGGACGCAGAUACAGCACUGGAUGAGGAUACUGACUCGAAUGAGAAACAGUAUACUGGUAGCUGCAAGGAGCGAAUUCUGCUUCUAAUGAUGCAGAGCAUUACACGACCCACUCCCAAUCUUUCUCAUUAUUUGUUAGAUUUUACGAUCACUACGGAUAUUAGGAAGACAGUUCUACAACAGCCGGGUAUUCUUGGCUUUCCAAGAUCAUGUUUACACUCAAUAUUGGGGAUUAUGGAGCAGUCUCUUGACCGUGGUCGGGACAAGAUAACAGAGGCUUGCUACUGCUUCCUUCACACAUUGACUGCUAAUAAUAAGACAUCUGUCUCAGUACUGAGAUUUUUACGAACCAGUGUCAAUCAAGAUUUUGUGCAGAGGCAUCUUUCAAAACUACCAUUUGAGGGACAGAACACAGCCACAGAGCUUGGUUGUAUGUCAUGGUUAUUAAAAAUAGCUGCUAUAGAACUGAGAGUUGCUGGUGGAAGCUUGCAAAAUUCUCUAGUUCAUAGACUAGUUGGAAACUUUGGUCAAGAAAAGGGACAGAUUGUUCCAUCACAGAAACUUCUAAUGGACCUUUUGCAUUACAUUGAAUUUCAACUUCAAUUAGACCCUCCAUUGUCUCUAGAUUUCUUCGAUCCAUCUCAAGUAGAAAUGGUUCUAGGACGCUGUAGUGUUCCAAUUGCGUUAAUAGGAGGUCCCCGGCUUAUAGACAUCAGAAAGUUACAUUCUCUUAUUACUGAAGAAUUGGCUGUUACUCAAAGCAGUGCAACCGCGACCCAGCGUAAUCUUAUGCACCAGGAAGUACAGAAAAUCUUGACACACGCUUUAAAAAGGAAUCAGACAAAGUUGUUGUCAUAUGCCACCGUGAAGUUUGUGGAAGGCUGGUGUCAAACUACAGAAAUACUCUUCUGCGUUGCGACGAAUCAACAGCUCCCAACACCACAAAAACAAAAUCUGUUAUUAAACCUAUCUCAUGAUUUGUUACAGAAGAUGACUUCCUGUGAAGCUUUAAGUGAAAUCAAAACUUUAGUAUCUGGGACAGUUUUGAUGUUGCUUGUGCAUCUCAGAAAUAGUUUCAUCACAGACACAGACAGUGAGUCGUUUCCAUCAUCUCCCUCAAAUACAACGAUGAUGAAGAUCAUUUUAAGCCAUAUUUUGCAGUGGAUAUUAAACGCUGGAGCUUCUUCUCAGAAAGUAAUAACCCAUUUGUAUGCAGCUUUGUUAAAUUUCCUUUGUGUGGUUGGUUUAGAGAAGUCAGAGAGCACUAACAUCAUAGAUUUAAUGUACGUCAGUCAACUCGACAGCUCAGUGAAUAGAGUAAUGCCUGUUCAGGAACGCUCCCAUCGAUACGCAACGAUACAAGUGAUAAACAGCUUUGGAAAUCAGUUGAUGGAUAUUCUAUGCCACAAUUGCUCGGGUGGUCACGACGUCUGUAAAAUGUUGGCUUUAUCCUGCUUGGAUAAAAUCCUAGAAUUGGACUAUGACAGUGCUUGGAUCAUUUAUUUAGCCAGUAGAGGGUACUUGAAGCACAUGAUAGACAGUCUUCUGGAAUCUGACAAUAUGUUAAGAUGUAUGUUGCAACCAGACAUUCAGACAUUGCGACCAUUGUACUUAUAUGAAGCAAAAAUGGCAACAUUUUGUAGAAUGGCUUCUACAAGAUUAGGUGCUGAAAGUCUCUUAGAAAAUAAAAUCCUAUCAUGCAUGUCGAGUAUGGUUGUUUUUGAUCAUCAUCCUGAUGUUCAUAUAGCAUUUGAAGGAGGAGACUAUUCUUUUAUUCCCUCCAUUGGUCAACGUUACCAGCAAAUUUUCUUACCAGCCUUAUAUCUUUGUGAUGCUCUACUCACAACUCUUGGAACAGAGAAUCAGUCAUGUGCCAUACAAGUUUGUGGCUUUCUGCAAAGUCAUAGAGACACCAUAGAAAUGGUACUAAGAAAUGCCUUUCCUAAAGCGAAUACUCUUUUCUUGAAAGAGGUUGCCUGUCUCACAGGAGUGAUAUCCAGGUCUGCAAAUAUAGAUAUGUACAAGCUAGUAGACGAAGAAUUGGCAAGGAAAGAUUUCGAUAACCGUCAACUGGAAGAUGCUUCUGGCAUGAGGGAACUUCGUGCUCAUCUAUAUAGAUUACAGAAAUUAAUGUUGUCUUUAUUAUAUAAGUUCCAAUUACAGUCAGCUCCUGUUUGUCUGAGUCACGAAGAAACUGAUGCAAACCAGCAACACAUUUCUUGUGUACAGAUAGUUGCAAACAUUAUGCUGUAUACACGUAAUCAGAUGCAACAUAGUAGAAUGGAUCAGAAAAUAAGGAAUGUACUGUUUGAACCGCAUUUAACAUCAAAACCAGGAGGAAGAGAAGAGCGGAUGAAGGAUACAUCUGGUGGAGUACAUUUGGGAACGAUUGUCGAUCAACUUGUGUCUGUUACGAAUUUAUUACACACUGAAUUACCUCAUAUUGAUACUCUUAUUAAGAAAUCAGCAAUAGUAGGGGAAAUGAGUACAACUGAAUUAAAAGAAUACAUGUCUGAAGAGGAAGCGGAACUCGACGUGCAAAAGCAACGAGUAAUAGUAGAACAACGAUUAAAUCGCUCGGUAAAGGAGAAACGUCAAACUAUAAAAUACUGUUCUUUGAUAAUAGAACAUGCUUUGUAUAUUCUUUGGAGUCACUUGGAUUUCUACAUGAUACAAGUGAUAUCACGGCAUAGCCGAAUGCAAGUAUCUUCAGGGGGUAUAGAUGAAGAUAUGGUAUUGUGGAAAGUAUCGUCGGAGACGUUAAUGGAAUUAAAACACGGUCUCGUUUCUACAUUUACAGACAGUUUUAUUGCGCAAUUGGUAGAUAGACACAGUGAAUACGUAACACUCGAUUACAAUUUUAUUGAAGCCCUUGUCAGAAGAAUUAAAAGGCUAUUACAGUUUAUAAUUGUACAGUAA